GCCAACGAAGCGACUCCCUCCCCCGCCGGAAACCCGCCGGAAACGGAAGACCCCGCCUCCCUCCCCCCUUGGCUGUCCCUGCCCGAGCUGAGGGACGUGCUCGCGGAUUCGCUGAACACCUUCGACCUGCUGCCGAUCGACGAAUCGAACGAGGAAUUUUCCUUCGAUGCUCUGAUGUCGGACGAGCCCGAUGGGCUGGAGAACGCCUGGCUGUUUGAGGGAGCAUGGCAUCAUCCGCCAGAAGCAGGACCAAGCGAGACCUCGAGCCCCCCGACCCCCCCAGCCGACUUCGGCGGCAUCGACCGCCCGGCCUCAACGGAGACCCCAACCCCGCCAGCGAACUCGCCGACCGCCCCUGCCCCGCUGCCGUCAUUCGAAUCCGGGCGGGGAAUUUCCUUCGCCGUGACGUCAGGAGGGUCUGGUCAGCUGGGGAUGGACAUAUUGUCGAUGGCGAUGAUCGGGAACGGUCUCGUUGAAGAAGAACGACCUUCACUGGUUGGGAAUCCCCCGAGAGAAAAGGAACCGUGCGAAAAGGAAGAGAAGCGCAGGAGCCAGAAGCAAGCCAAGGCCGCCGAGUCCGCCAGGAGAUGGCGAAAGAACCAAAAAGCGAAGCUGCAGCAGCUGGCGGCGGAACUGAAGACGGAAGAGGCGCGAGGACGCGACCUCCGCCGGCGCCGAGAGGAACUCGAGAGCCUCCUGGCCUUCGCCAGACUCAAGGUGCAAAGCGUCGCGUUUCGCCCCGUCUCGCUUCGCCCCGCCGCGUUUCGCCCCGCGGGCGUGACCCAGGGUGACCCGCAUCGAUAUGAUAUUCAACGCGUGCUUCCCUUCGGCAAUUUGCAACGUCUGGGUUUUUUGCCUAUC